UGACCGCUGUGUAGAGAUGAUGGUCGUUGCAGCGACAAUAACGGUCCAUAUUUCUUCUUGUACACACUUCUUGCCGAGUACACCCCGCCGACCACAUUUUCUGUCGACUUCUACUUCUCCCGUUUUCAGUAACAGUAAUCAGUACUUCAUCUGCCGGAGGAAUUCAAUAUAUCUCCGAACACGCUGUUGCUCGGAUUCACCGUCUUCUUCCACGCGUGGUUUUGGCACCAACGAAUCCAAGGUCAAGAAGAAUUCUUCUACGGGCAGAAAGGAUUCUAGAAAACCUCCCUCUCAACAAUCUAGCACCAACCUUACAAAAGCCCCUGUUCUAAAUUCAAACUCAACAAAAAGUGUUUAUGAUAGUCAGUUUGAGGAGCGGCUGCAAGCAAUUAGAAGGUCAACAUUGGAGCAGAAAAAAGCCGAGGAAGGAAAUCUGUUUGGAGCAAUUGAUUAUGAUACUCCAGCAGAGAUCAAAAGUAGCAGAGUUGGAUUAGGUACUAAGAUUGGAGUAGGAGUCGCCGUUGUGGUCUUUGGGUUGGUUUUUACCCUUGGCGACUUUCUUCCAACUGGAAGUGUUAGUCCCACAAAUGAAGUCACUACAGCUGAUAAGAAAAUAUCAGAAGAAGAGAAAGCAAAUCUUCAGAAGAGGUUGAAGCAGUUUGAGGACACCCUUGCUACCUCCCCAGAAGAUCCAACAGCCCUUGAAGGAGCAGCUGUGACCUUAGCAGAGCUAGGAGAGUACAACCGAGCCUCCUCUCUCCUCGAGAAUUUGACUAAGAAGAAGCCUAAUGAUCCUGAUAUUUUUCGGUUGCUCGGAGAGGUUAAGUAUGAACUUAGAGAUUAUGAGGGUAGCGCUGCUGCUUUUACAAGUUCUGCAUUGGUGUCAAAGUCUACUGAUUUUGAUGUUCUUCGAGGCUUAACCAAUGCACUAAUUGCUGCCAAGAAACCUGAUCAGGCUGUCCAAAUGCUUUUGACAUCACGUGAACGCCUGAGUGAAGAAAAAUCAUCUGGUGUUAAUGGAUCUGACAUGGAUGACACCAAAUCUAGUCAACAAGUAGAUCCCAUUCAAGUUGACUUGCUUCUUGGGAAAGCCUACUCAGAUUGGGGGCAUGUCAGUGAUGCUUUAGCUGUUUAUGAUAAACUCAUCUCUAGCCACCCCAAUGAUUUUAGGGGCUACCUAGCAAAGGGUAUCAUUUUGAAAGAGAAUGGAAACAUUGGAGAUGCAGAGAGAAUGUUUAUCCAGGCACGAUUCUUUGCACCUGGGAAUGCAAAGACACUUGUCGAUAAAUAUUCAAGGUGACAAUUGCACCACCUUUGAUGCACGGAGAUUUGUUUUGGUGACAUCAUCCCCAAACGUUGACUAUAUGAUGCCUUCGCUUGUAAAAAUGUAAACACCAAAAUAUCAGACUGCUCCUAAAUCAUUUCUUGGAAUGUGAUCAAAUUGGACUUUCAUAACCACACUAAUGUAUCCUUUUGUCAGAAAACAUCUCAUGUGGAUUUGAGACCAAAUAGGCUUUUCUUGCUGGCUGACAUUGGUGAGUAUGGUCAAGCCUCCCUCGCCUUAUUACGCGUCAGCCAGUCUUAUUGACAAUUAAUGUUAGACGUUUGAGUCCACUUCUUGACCUGUUUUGAGUUUUGAUGACCAGUGGCCUAUCAUUGAUUGAAGAUAAGUGGUGGACAACUAGUUUUGUCACAAAAAAGUGGUGGUUUGCCAAGCAUGUUUUAUCAAGUACGACUAUACUAGACUUGUGACGCAUUGUAGAAUAAGCUAAAACUGCAUAUUAAUAUACUUAUCAAGUCCUCUAACCAACAAUGGGGACUGAGCUUUUCAGAACUCAACCUAUUAACUCGCCCACCAUUGUUGAUAUUUCAUUAGUGUUGUGAAUUUGUGUUUUGUGAACAAUUGUUUCUUCAUUCAAUAUAGUUGGUGCUGUAAUAUCUUUUUCCAAAUCUAAUGUCAGGUGCAUGCAAUAUGUUCUUCCGUUUAUGCAUGGUACGACACUACAACUGGAGUUGAUUAUCUUGACGUUUACAAAAUCAAUUGGCUGUAGUCCAACUAUAAUUACCCAUUAUUAUUGCCCUCUUUUAUUAAAGCAAAUUCAACAUCCUAAUUUAGCCACAAAUUGCUUGCAAGUCCUGAAAAUAUAUGUAGCAAAAGCAGAGAUCUUACAAUAAAUGAUGUAAUCGAGGAUGUAUUAUGGUAGAUCAUGUUUGGUCUUGGUUGACUUAAUAAAUACUACAUUCCCG